GCCGUACAUCCUCCUCGGUCAAUCUCAUCGCCGCCGCCAAGCGUGAAGGUACUGCCUAUUCCAGUCCGGGAGUAUACUGUGGUUUCGUGUGAACUGUUCCUGAUUGUGUGUGAAUGUGCUGAUCUGGAAUCGUUUCUCCCUUCCAACGCACAGCAGCUAUAGUUGUGGCUAAGCAAAGCAGCUGAAAGUGUGAACAAAUUGCGUUUCCUUAUCGCAUUUGUACUAGCCGUGAAGAAGUUACUCUGUGUCCCCACCUUUGUCCAGGGCCAGCUGCAGAGAAGGUACCUAGUUCCGUUUGGUGCAGUGUGUUUCUGUGUGCGUUAGUGUGUUCGAUUGAACUCAACGGAAAAAAUGGCAGCCGUUGUUGCACUGAGUGAAAAAGUCCUGUCGGCGAAAUCCAUUAUUUGCGAUAUCGAGGGAACUACCACGUCGAUCUCGUUCGUAAAGGAUACCUUGUUUCCUUAUGCGUUGAAGAAUGUAGAAGAAUAUCUUAAAAACAACUGGAACGAAGAUGCCACGAAAACGGUUGUUGCCGCAUUACGCGAACAAGCCGAAGAAGAUAAAAAGGCGGAAUUAGAAGGUGUAACGACGAUUUCUGCUGGUGAAUCGGAAGAUAUUAUUCCCGAAAUAGUGAAAAAUGUCGAAUGGCAAAUGUCGCAGGAUCGCAAGACGGGCUCGCUGAAAACCUUGCAAGGAUUGGUAUGGGCCAAGGGUUACAAAGACGGCACAAUCAAGGGACACGUGUAUGAUGACGUACAGAAGGCAUUCGAGCAGUGGACCGAGACCGGUCGUAAGAUCUACAUCUACUCGAGCGGCAGUGUCGACGCUCAGAAGCUGCUGUUUGAGCAUAGCGAGAAAGGCAAUCUUCUGAAGUAUCUUACCGGCCAUUACGAUACCAAGAUUGGCGCAAAGCGCGAAAAGGAAAGCUACGAAUCGAUUUUGAAAAACAUUGAAUCAUCGGCAGAGGAAACAUUGUUCCUAACUGAUGUUUACGCCGAAGCUAAAGCGGCCAAAGAUGCUGGUCUGAAUGUGGUGCUUCUCGAUCGUCCUGGGAAUGUAAAAUUGUCGGAAGAGGAACGCAAAGAAUUUACCGUCAUAUCUACAUUCUCGGAUUUAUCGUUUGAGGUGGAAAAGAAAGAAAAUGGCGAUUCUGUAUCCAAUGGAAAGCGUAAGAUCGAGGACACGAUCGAGGAAGCAACCCAGGAGAAGGAUCAAGCGCAGGAGCCGCCAGCAAAAGUGACCAAGGUUGAAGAAGAUAAACCGAAGGAAUCGACAGAAAAUGGUACGACCACAGAUGAUAAAGGUACGGUCGAUCCGUCCCCUCCGACAGAGCCCGUUGAAUCCAAAUCUUCCGAAAAGAUGGAAGUCGAUGGCGGAGAAGCUGCUAAGAAUUCCGAUUCAAACGACGUAGAAAAAGUUGUGGAAAAAAUGGAAGAAGACACAACAGAGGAAAAAACUGAAGGAACUGAAAAAAUGGAUUUGGAUAAAAAUGUAGAAUCUGUUGAUGAGACUGUAAAACCGAAUACUGAAAACGGUGAGAAGACUGAAGCAGUUGAGAAGGAGGCCGAGAUAGAGAAGGUAGAUAAAGUAGUAGAAAAAGAGGAUCCGCCAGUAACAGAUAACACCGCCGAAUCGGUAAAGAUAGCAGAUGAAAAGGACGGUGAGCAAAAGGACAAAGAGGAAGUAAAAACAACAACCGAAACAGAAAAAGACCCUGAAGUGGUGAAAAAAGAUGAAGCAACAAACGCCGUUGUUGAUAAGGUUGAAACUACCGUAGAUUCAUCUACUUCCGAUCCGGUGGUGGAAGAGAAGAAGGAUGAAGGAAAGGAAACAAAGGAAACUCUCGAAACGGAAAAGGAACCCAAGACGGUAGAGGCCACGACCACUGAUGCUUCAGCACAGCCGGACGCAUCUGCAGAGAAGAAAGUGGCCGAUGAAGAAGUGAAGAAACAAGACGAAACAAAUGACGAAGUAAACACUGAUAAAGUAGAUUGCGAAAAAACGAACAAUGAUAUAGUUACGACGACAACGGAUAAUGAGCAGGCAUCUAAAAACUCUAGCGAAGGAGAAACCGAUGAAGCAAAGGCAGCAGAAGUGAAUGGAACUGUAACAGAGGCGAAACCGACCGCCAACGGUAGCAGUGCAGGAGAUGAAGAGAAAAAUGGCAGCGAUAGUGACAAAGAAAAUGACACUUCGCUCAACAAUUGUGAGGCUGAUGAAGCGAAUGCGGAGAAAACUAAUGGUACCGCCGCUACUGAAAGCACCAACGCUGAAGAUGUCACCUCCACUGAAAUCAAGGCCAAAAAGGUAAUCGAACCUGUUACGGCUGCAGUUACUCCUGCGCCACCGAUUGAGGCGGACUCAUAAGUGAAAGUAGUUAUCGCUUUUCUCCAAACAUUGAUGCGCACCGGAUGCAGGCAGUCACGAUGCCUAUAUCGUCGGUGUGGCAUUUUGAUGGAUGUGCUGCUUACGAUCGGCAAAGCAUUAUUCCUUUUCUUUUUUUUAAAAAAAUAGCAGCAAAUCCAGCAGCCGUUAGUAAUAGUUGAACACUUUCGCAGACCUAGCAAAGACCUGCUGCUGCAGGAAGACGCGUACUGAUUGUAACAGAGAAUCUUAAUCUUAACGAUGCAUUAUCUUCACCAGAAUAGUAAGUAGAGGAAGCGGUGUUUGCGUUUGCGUAGGGAUAGUAAACACGCAAGCAGAAUUACACACGUGUAACUAUGACGAACUAUUUCUUACAAUUAAAUCUUUUUAUAUAAACGUAUAUUUAUAUCAUUUGAUGCCACUGCAGAUCGAAUUAGAUGGGAAGACUUGAAAACAAUGUACCAACGUAUUGCUAACCGCAAAUUGGAAAUGCAAACAUUCAGUUACGAACUUGCGACCUAGGAACGAGAGAAUAAGAUAUUUUACUGGUACAAUUUGACCACAUUUAGCUGCGCAUAUGACUUACACUGCGAUCAACAUUCAACCAAUAACACGGCGCUACCAGUAGUGCCGUGUUCUACCAGCUCCAUUCAAUACAGUCGUUUGCGCAGCAAUUUGUUUGUCUGUUAAUAUUUAUUUGCGCUCUCCCCCCUCCCGAUGAAUGUAAAAGCAACGAUGAAAACUUACAACACUGUGGGAACUACGUAAUUAGAAGCAGCCACUGUUUCUUGUCGUUUUACAACAAGAGCUCUCAAAACUGUAAUCUUACAUAAAGAUAGAAUUUUCCCAUCCGAAUGGGGGUUUGAUCGAUGAAAGACUGAUGAAAGAGAAGACGUGAUAGGAAAUUGGAAAAGAUACAUCCCAAAAAAAAACCGAAAACACACAGCGGCCCGGGCCAACUUCACUUCCACGGUGCAGUGAAAGCACACACACCACUUAUCGUUCCGAGUGGCCGAUCUGGAUUGUUAAUUUUUAUAAUAUUAGUUCCUGAUACAUUGUGAUUAUUCCACGGCGUAAGCGAUGUUGCAAAAAACAAAAAAACAAAAAAUGAAAUCCAACGUGUCUACUCCAUAUCUCGUGUACACACCGCACAGACACACAGACUCAAAUAUACAUGUCGGUUUAUCGUUCUGAGUAGCAUUGUAUACCUUUUUCCUUUCUUUUAACGGAUUAUUCAAAGUGACAACAAGGGUGUGUGUUUGCAAACUAAGAAUCUCGCCACAGGAUUAACGAAUAACUGUUCGCUACUCAGAAAAAUACUAUUGAAAAGUAAAAGUUCCAAUUUUUAAUGCAUUAACCUGAUGUAGUUUACUUUAUUCGUAUUGUGUUCUGUAGGAAUUAUUUCGUCGUGAUUUAUUUGAAGGAACAAAACACCACGAGGGAAGGAAACACACACGCACAAGAGUAAAAACAGGAUAAAUAUUCACAUACCGCGUCCGUUAAAAGCAUCAGUAUUCAAUACAAGGUACGAGAAGCACAAUGAAACCAUAUGUACGUGAAAGCGAUGGACAUGAUAUGCCGAGCGAGUGUGAGUGUUUAGUAAUAAUGUGACAAAAACCACAAGAGCGCGCAUUUGUACGCGCACGAAAAGCUUAACACACCGACAUCUAUAAAAAGUACGCGAAAUCCCAUGUUGGGUUUUUGGAAGAGGAUGUGGACGGAGUGUAAAACGCGAGCAGUAAUUUGCAUACGAGAGAAAACCAGCACAAAAGUUAUGGAAAAAUAAACUAAUCGAUAAUAUUUUAAUGUUCCAGACACCACGGGAAACAGAAACAAA